AUGACAGUAAUGGAAUACCCAAUGGACUUAUCAAAUCAUCAAAUAACAAUAACCAAUCUUCCGGAAAUCUUGACGGAGAUUUUCCCUGAUUGGAUCAAGGACAAGAUCACUGUUAAACCGGUUUCUGGCGGCAUCACUAAUAUGUUAGUAAAAUGUGUGCAUAAUCAAAAGGAUAUAGUACUAGCAAGAAGCUAUGGUAAUAAUACAAAUCUCAUAAUAGAUCGGGUCAACGAAUUCAAUAACCACUUGAUGUUGAAUAAGUUAGACUUGGCUCCAAAGAUUUAUGCCAAAUUAUCUAAUGGAAUAAUUUAUGGGUAUUUAUCUGGAAGAAGUCUAACAUCGGAAGAACUAUCCAAAGAUUAUUUGUUUCCUUUAAUAAGUCAGAAGUUGGGUUAUUGGCAUACGAUGAUUAGUAAAGAAAGCAGCAAACUUGAGAACGAUUUAUGGAAAACUAUAGAUGAUUGGAUAAAGAUUGCCCCAAACUUUGACGAUAUGGAACAGGUUGUUAGGGAAAAUGUCAAUGGAUAUAGUAGCGUCAAAGAAAGUUUGAGACAAGAAUUAUGUUGGCUAAAGGAAAAUUUGAAUGGUAAAAGUAAAUUGGUGAAAUCUCAUUGUGAUUUACUAAGUGGGAAUAUUGUUAUACCUCCGAAGAUGGACAAAAUUUUGCAGCACAAUGAGGAGACAAACCUGAAAAAAAAUUUGAUAUCACAAUGCUUUUCUCCAGAAAGUCUUUUUUUAAAUAGCGAGGUGUACAAUGUGUCAUUACCGAAGCCUUGUGAAAACCCAAUAUUCUUCAUUGAUUACGAAUACAUGUUAUGUGCUCCACGAGGGUACGAUAUUGCCAAUCAUUUGGCAGAAUGGCAAGGGUUUGAUUGCGAUAAGCUGAGGAUUUUACAACCAAAAAGAUCGAACCAUGAACUUCGAAGAUGGUGUUUUGCGUACAUUGUUGGUAUGGGUGAUUACAAUGAAUCGGCCAUCGAGAAGCAGAUUGAUGGAUUGAUCGACGAAAUUUAUUUUUAUUUCGGGGUGCCUGCUUUUUAUUGGGGGAUUUGGUCUGCCAUUCAAAAUGAGAUAUCCACAAUAGAUUUUGAUUAUGGAAACUAUGGGGUGAAUAGAUUACAAGAAUACUUUGAAUGGAAAAAGCAGUUAGUGGAGAAGUUAAAAAAUUGCAGUGAAUAA